UUCUUUUUUUUUUUUUUUCAGUUUGUAUUAAAAAAUCGAGUGUCUAGGGGAGGAGUUAUCUUCUGGGUUACGUUGGUGAAAAAGUGAUACAAUAUUUUUGACGUUUGAAGGGUUGUUGGAAAUUUGUACGUUACACACGAAAGUUUAUAUUUUCCUUUUCACAAAAUAAAAUCAGAAGCUGAUUGGGAUUUGUGGGCUUGUGAAGAUUUCUCUUUGGGUGAAUUUUCAUAUUGAAGCUGGAUUGUUUCAGAUUCUUGAUUAUUGUUUUUCUUCAUUGGGGGCAUUGCAUUUGAAGGCCUAAAACCAAGAGCACGUCUUGAGUGGGUUCUUAGCUAUUGCCAAAUAGGGCUAUGUUUGUUCUUUUGGAGGCUGAUUCAUAUGAGAAUGGUAGAAAAAUGGCAAAUAUUUCUGAAGGAAGAAAGAAAUUAGCUCAAAGCUGUGUUGAAGACGGAACUUUUUUGGAUGCCAAAGAAGUUAACAAAUACAUGGCUGAACAAGAAUGGGAUCACUGCAUAAAAGACUUGCAAGACAACUCGGUAGCCCCCAAAGACAAAUAUUCGAAUUUACAUCAAACAAAAACUGUCGUGAGUAAAGAACCUAUCGUCAACUUCCAUAGCCAAAAAAAACACAUCCCACGAAGAUAUCUAAGGCACAUGAACAGAAAGCACCAUCGAGUUCUGACAGUAGCUUUGACACCUGGCCCGGUUCCAGGGCCCGCAAUUCCCCCCAUGGAUGAUGAACCUCCAACUUUGCCGAAAAGCAUCUUGCCACAUGUCGAAAAUAGUGAUAAUAAUAAUCAGAAGUAUAUGCUAGUUGGGAUAGUGACGAUUUCGGUAGUGGGACUUGCGAUUGUGGCUCUAUUGUUGUUCGUCUGUCUGAAAAGGAAGAGGCGAGUCGAGCCGAAGGAGGAGGGACAGAGGGAUGAGAAGCCUCUCCUCAACUUCACCAUCAGUGACAUUUCGUCAGGUUCUUCAGGCCACACAUUGAGUAACCCGAGUGGCAAAGACUUUGCAAAGAACCCUUCAGCCGCCGGUUUAUCACAAGCCACUAAUCCCGACCCUUCACAAGCUAAUUCCGAAGCCAAUGGAGCAGCCCAAACAGAGGGUAAAACCGUAAAUGCGCUACCACUUCCGCCCGGAAGAAAACCACCGCCAGCUGCACCGCCGGAGCCGCCGACACCACCUCCUCCCAAACCACCAGCUCCGGCGGCCCCUCCACCGCCUCCCAAGAUCGUCCGCCGCCCGCCGCCCCCAAACCCGCCAGUUCAGGCGAAGCCUUCCCCUCUUGGGCCCCACCACCGGCGAUCUUCCACCGGGGAGAAAAGCAAUGGCUCGGAUGAAUCUGAAUCUGAAGCUCCGAAAACUAAGCUGAAGCCGUUUUUUUGGGAUAAGGUUCUCGCGAGCCCGAAUCAUUCGAUGGUGUGGCACGAGAUUAAAGCUGGGUCAUUUCAGUUCAACGAGGAGAUGAUGGAAACUCUCUUUGGAUACACGCAAGCGGACAAGAACAAAAACGAUCGCAAGAAAGACUCGUCCUCCCUUGAUUCUCCUCAGCAUAUUCAGAUUAUCGACCCGAAAAAAUCGCAAAACUUGGCGAUCCUUCUAAAAGCACUGAAUGUGACGACAGAAGAAAUCUGUGAUGCUCUCCAAGAAGGCAACGCGCUCCCAUCAGAACUCAUCCAGACUCUGUUAAGAAUGGCACCCACAGCAGAUGAAGAAUUGAAACUCAGAUUAUACGGUGAAGAUAUCGCUCGUCUGGGCCCGUCCGAGAGGUUUCUCAAAGUCAUGCUCGACAUUCCAUUCGCCUUCAAACGUCUCGAAGCAUUAUUGUUCGUUAGCACUUUUCAUGAGGACUUUUCUUCAACCAAAGAGUCCUUAGCAACUUUGGAGGUUUAUAUCCCACUUCUCCUUCCCUACUGCCCAAAUUGUCUCUACAAAUUUCAGAAAAAUAAAAAGUAA